UACAAUGUUAAAAUACAUACCUAUAAGUGAGUUAACUGUGUAAAUAAGUGGAUUAAAAAACGAAGAUCAAAAUGACAGACAGGAAAAGUGUGUUUACACCAUUUGUGAAACAGUGUCUGGUGGCGGCGGCAGUCAGCAUCAAUAUGGUAGGAUGUGGUGCGUUCUUCGGCUUCCCAGGAAUCCUUUUGCCACAGCUGCAGUCAGGGUCUCUCAUCAGCAUGACUGUGAACCAGGCAUCUUGGCUAGCUUCUGUGGGUUCAAUUCCAAUGAUCUUCGGCAACUUCCUCGUCCCUCCAAUAAUGACGUAUGCAGGACGUAAAAAGGCGAUUUACUGCGUGAUCCUGAUUCUGAUUGUGAGCUGGUUCACCCUAUGUCUCGCUACUAGCUAUGAGUGGUUGCUAAUAGGCAGAAUGCUCCAAGGCUUCUCGUUUGGAAUGUUCAUGCCACUCCGCUCCAUCUACAUUGGAGAAUGCUGCAGCCCACGCUACAGAGCUGGUUUCCUUUCCACCACCAGCCUCGCAAUGGCUCUUGGGCUAUGCUUCGUUCACCUCACCGGAUCACUCCUCACCUACCAAAUUACGGCUCUUUGCUGCUUAUCAUUUCCCUUCAUCAGCCUCCUCAUCAUGAUCUAUUCACCGGAGUCACCAAGUUGGCUGGCCACCCGAGGAAAAUACGACAAAUGCAGAAAUAACUUCAUAUGGUUGAGAGGAAAGGAGGAAGUAUCAGAAAUAGACAAGCUGAUAGAAAAAUUAAAGCUUUUAGAUGAGCAACAAAAUGAUCAGAAGAACAAAUUCAGACAGGUGAUCACGGUUGUGAAGAAAAAAGAAUUCUUUAAGCCAGUUUUGCUCAUGUCAGCCUUGUUUAUUAUGCAAACUUGUUCCGGAGGAGCAAUAAUGGGAGUUUACGCAGUCACGGUAUUAGGUUUACUGAUGGGUCCCGAAGUUAACGUACAUUUCUGCAUGGUGGCCUUCGAUUUCGUGAGACUCUUCGCUGGUUGUGCUGCUAUUUAUCUGAUUAACAAAGUGAGGAGACGAAGAAUGCUGUUUGUGAUGGGAGUUCUAAACGGUGGUAGCCAGCUGUUGAUUGGUGCCUACGUAUUCGCUAAAACUAAGGGUUAUUUGCCAUUUGAUUCUUUGUGGAUACCUGGUGUGUUGGUCAGUGUUCAAAUGAUGACUGUGUCUUUAGGAAUGCAGCCGUUGCCAGCGGUGAUAGCGGGUGAAGUGUUUCCAUUGCAGCACAAGGGUCUGGCAGGAAGCAUUGGUCUUGUGACGCAGUGUUUGUCCACACUUAUGGUUCUGAAGACUUUUCCUGGUCUGGUUUCUUCCUUGAGUCUGGAAGGAACGUAUGCCGUGUGCUCAGGGGUAAUAGCGUCAUGUCUUGCUGUAGCUUGGAUGCUGCUACCAGAGACUAGUGGCAAGACUCUCCAGCAAAUCGAAGAUCACUUCAAAGGGACUCUGAUUUCGAACCCUGAGGCUAGGGAGUUAACGCCUUUGAAUAAAAAGCUGAAUGGUGUAGAUAUACAAGACACUGCGCUCACAUACACUGUAGAUAACGUUAGGGAAAAGGAACCAUUAAAAGAACUGUAUGAAGAAUUGUCUAAUGGAAAAUCAGUUCAUUCAAAAUGUAAAUAAAAUUCGGAAACAUAAUUAAAUUAUACUAUUUAUUUUAAAUAGACAGCAACC